GCCCUCCCGAUCUCACUCAUUCGUCAACCCGAGAGCCAUGAGUCGCGUCGUUGACUUUGCAGCGUCCGCCGAGGGCAGCUCCAUGAGUCACAACCCCGAUACGGCCCCGCACCAGGUUGCACAGCACAACCAGGCCGACGUGCUUCCAGGCAGCGUUGUCGACGAGCCCGGACGCACGAGCGUGUCCACAACGCCGGCUGUCGAUGGAUUCAACGAAGGAGAGGAUCGACCGACGCACGAGACGCCGGCCAAGAAGGACAGCGCCACGGUCGUCAUCACCCAGCCCCCGGGGGCAACCAACGAAGCCCAGGACCUCGCUUCGAUCAAGCCCAACAAGACGGACGGCACCGGCGUGGAAGUGGAGCGUGUCCUUCGCGGCGACUAUGUGGAGACCUUUGCCAUUGGCGGCGGCACUAAGUGGCUCUAUGCCACGAUUGAGUUUAUCACCGCGCUGUUUGUGGUCUUGAAGGAUGUGGGUGUUCCCUUUGGUGCGCAGCUGGUGUUGCUCUGGCACAGCAUUGUGGAGAUGGACAUUGUUGGCCCGCUGCUUAAGGCUGCUCUCGGCGCGUCCUCUCGCAUCUCCUACAAGGUCACCGGUGCCUACGAGGCCAUGCACCCGCCGCUUGACACGUUUUGGAAGAAAGGCAAGGACACGAGCCUGUGCUCCCUGUGUGGCUUCAACCCGCCUUGCAAAUCGUUGCGCUGGCCAGCGGACGAGGCUCCCGAGCAGUUUCCGUUCCCAUGGCGAGUUGGCGGUCUGCGCGGAACGCCGGAGCACCGCCCCUUCACCGACUUUGAAAACGCCAUCAUGGCCAACGAGCGCGGCUGGUGGCUCGGGCUGGUGAUGCACGGCAACAAGCGCGGCUUCCGGCUCCGGUUCAAGACAGGCAAGCAGGCCAACGGCGGCACGUCUCUCUUCUGGGUGCGCCGCCAGGGGCGCAGCCCACUUGCCCUGUGCCCAGUCAUCGGCUGCUUGUUCAACGACAACGGCGCCGCCAGCCGCGGACUCAAGGUGUGUGCGGAGGACGGCAAGACCAUCAUUGGCCGCGUGCUGCCCAGCAAGCAGGGAAGCGCGUGCGGGUCGCUCUUUGCAAACCGGUUCACGAGGCGUGCGCAGCCCCUGUAUGACGUUGUGGAUGCCAACGACGCCGUGCUUUUCACCGUGCACAUCCCCGUGGAGGAGUACAAGUUCCUCGGCUGCAUCAAGGCCUACGCGCAGAUGAAGCACCUGGCCAUCGUGCGCGGGCCUCUGCCGCCGGGCGACCGCUUUGGCGGCGCCACCGACCCCGACUCCGGCUGGAUCAUCCCCCUGGAGCCCAAGUACGCCGCGUGCAUCGAGAGCUGCCUCUCCGCGUGCGAUGGCGUGCGCAGGGUCUUCCAGUGCAUCACCUUUGGCGUGUUCGAGCUGAUUGAGCGCGUGUUCCGCCUGUUUGAGGCCUUUAUUGGACUCAUCCGCACCUGCCCGAUUGACGACUGGACGCAGGUGCCACAUCCAGGCCGCAGCGAGCUUCGCAUGACAACACCAUGCUCCCACGCCAUGACUGCGUCCCGCACGCGCUUCCCGAAGAACAUCACGGAAGAAGAGCACAUGCUGCUCAUUGCCGCCGGCAUUGCUGUUGACAUGGAGGACGUGUUCACGUACCUGUGAGCAAGUGCAGAAGUGCUCAUGUCAUGCGUGUGUGUGUAUGUAUG